AACCGACGGCUAUCCGAGAUCCAGGCGACCAGGCCGCCUCGCUCCUUUCCCUUCAUACAGACCAGCAGCCCCCACCACCACCAACCCACCUCCCUCAAUUAUAAACCUAUAAAAUAUUAUCAUUGACCCCAAGCUGAUCCAAGAAACGACUAGUUUUGGUGGGCGGGAUCGAAGGAAGGAGUGAUUGAAGGGGAACUGAAUCCCAAGAAACCCAUUGCUUCUUCUACUACCUCAGGGCAGUAGCUCUGAAUCUUGGGUUCGGGAAGGCGACCAAUGGCUGGCAAGGAAAUCUACCACAAAGUGAAGGACAAGGUCAAAGAUGCUUUUAGUUCAUCAGGACCAGAAACAGGAAAAGGCAAGACAAAGUUAUCAGGCAAGCGAGUCAAGCAUGGUUACCAUCUAGUGAAGGGGAAAUCCAAUCAUCCAAUGGAGGACUAUCUAGUGGCAGAGUACCGGCAAGUGGGUGAACAUGAUUUGGGUUUGUUUGCAAUAUUUGAUGGUCACCUGGGCCACACAGUUCCAGACUUUCUGCGGUCCCAUCUUUUCGAUAACAUCUUGAGUGAGCCAGAAUUCUUGAGUAACCCGAAAAAUGCUAUCCGAAAAGCAUACCAACUUACCGAUGAGAAAAUAUUGGAGAAUGCAUCAGAGUUGGGAAGAGGAGGCUCCACAGCUGUUACUGCCAUCUUAAUAGGAAGUGACAAGUCUGUGAAGCUAGUGGUUGCAAAUGUUGGAGAUUCACGUGCAGUUAUUAGCAAAAAUGGUGUGGCAGAGCAGCUUUCAGUUGACCAUGAACCAACCAUGGAGCGACCAAUGAUCGAGAAAAAGGGUGGCUUCGUAUCAAACCUACCAGGUGAUGUACCACGUGUUGAUGGGCAGCUGGCUGUUGCGAGGGCAUUUGGAGACCGGAGCUUGAAGAAGCACCUCAGCUCUGAACCAUAUGUAGUUGACGAAACUAUCACUGAAAAUUCAGAUUUUCUGAUUCUAGCAAGCGACGGCUUAUGGAAGGUGAUGUCAAACCAGGAGGCGGUGGAUGAGAUCAAGGACUUCAAGGACGCGCAGGCAGCCGCGAAGCACCUGACGGAGCAGGCCGUGAACCGGAAGAGCAAGGACGACAUCUCUGUCAUCGUCGUCAAGUUCCUGUGCUAGCACAGUGUCAGGCUGAUGGCCUUCCAAUUGUAUGUCAGUGUUAAAACGGUCUUAUGUUGUCAGGCUGCUGGCCUUCCAAAUGGUGUCGGAUAUUGUGUUAAUCUUCGUUCGUUUUGGGGACACCCCGCAAAGGGGAUCAAGGCUUGUAAGUUGUAACAUAUUGUUGUUUGUUAAAGGCUCCAAAUAAAGCAUGAUGUCAUCAUUUCACUUGGUA